UAGCUUGGCAACACUGAUAGCUGAUGUCUAAUAACGAAGUAAACGAAAGUGACUGUUGUGGCAAUGGAUGCUCCAAUUGCAUUUUGGACAAUAAACCCAAGCCUAGCCAACGUGCAUUGCUUGCAGGAAGACCCAAUGUUAUCCUAAACUAUGCCAAGUUCAAGCUGCUAAGCAAUGAGCCCUGCAAUGGUGAUCAACAGGUGCGCUGUUUACAUUUUGUUUAUGCCGAGUCAGAAGACAAGACUGAGCAAGCAGGCAUUUUGGACAUACCACCGGGUCAUCAUGUAAUGCUGCGCAUGGAUCAGCAAGCAUCGCCGUUGUUGCGUCCAUAUUCACCCUACUGGACAGACUUUGCAAGCAAAGAGUUUAAGCUACUGGUCAAGCUGCAGCCGGGGGGCGCAAUGUCAGCCCAGCUGAGCGGCUUACAGCUGGAACAAGUUCUGCAAUUUCGCGGACCUAUAGGCAAUUAUAUGCAUGAUGCUAGUAGCGCCAAAAACAUAUUUAUAAUAGCACAAGGUGUGGCAAUAGCGCCCACCAUGCCGCUGGUGGCUCAGGUGCUGGAUAACGAGGACGAUAUGAGUCGCGUGCGGCACUUGAUAUGCGCAAAGGAUCUGAAGCAUGUGUACUUACGCGAUCAGCUUUUGGAGUUUGGCAAAUACUGGAACUAUAGCAGCUGUUUAUAUCUAUCGCAGCAACAAACUGAGCUGACCAGCAGUCUGCGUUAUAAGGAGUCAGCGCAUUUAGGACGUCUGAAUAUAAAGGACCUAGCUGCACAAGCGCCUAAAGGCAUAGAGGACGCUAAGAUAAUUGUUAUUAUAGCGGGGUAUGCAAACUUUCAGCGUGAUAUGCGUGAGCAAGCACUGCAAGCUUUGCCGGUAGCCGCUGCUAAUAUAUUUGCAUUAUAAUAUAGCAAAACAUGCAAGUACAACUGUGUUGGAACUUGCAUAUAGAAUUUCAUCAUGAUCAUCAAAAACAUCAUCAUUACACUCAACAGUCUGAGCAGCGACUGAGCGCGCGCUC